CAGCACACUCCUGCUUCCACCCGUCGACCCUCGGUGUGUCGCAGCCUCUCACAAGUGGGUGUCACGAACACCUCUUCAACAAUGAUCGACGCUUCUUCAUCGCAUCUGACUGCAAGUGUAGUCUGAAUAAAUUAUACUUGCGUAACACAGUGACUUAGUGCAAUACUGUCUCAGUAACAUUAGGUCCGGCACACUUGUCCAGAAUGAUAAGCAAGUGUUGGCGUCGACGAGUGGGAAUGGUGGUAGGCGUGGUUACGGUAGUGGCUGUUAUAUUGGUGUGGAUGCUGCCAGCAAGACUUGCCGAACAGAAAUUUCCUAUUUUCUUAGUUACUCCGCGUCAUGCUCACCUUCCCCGUGUACAGCACACGCCAGGAGAACACCUGCACACCCAGGUGGGCACAGAAGUUCCGCCUGAUCGCAUCUGGCACCUAGACUUGAAAGGUGGUGCACCUCGGAUAGAAGUGAUCGAGGAACUUAUGACUGUGGCGGCGAGGGCGGGGGCAACGGGCGUGCUGGUUGAGUGGGAAGACAUGUUUCCCUACACGGACGCCCUGGCCAACCUUUCUGCCCACAAUGCAUACACUAAGGACGAGGUGAGGCGCGUGGCGACAGCAGCUCAAACUGCGGGGUUGACGAUGAUUCACCUGAUGCAGAGUCUGGGCCACCUAGAGUACGCCCUCAAGCUGCCCCAGUGGGCGGGGCUGCGUGAAGGAGAGAGCCCUGGGGAGGCGUGCCCAUCCCACCCGGGCACCACGGGCCUGGUCAUCGAAGCCAUCAAUCAACUUAUGACGGCGGUGAAAACUCCAAUCAUCCACAUUGGCGCCGACGAGGUUUUCACAUUGGCUAAGUGUCAUCGUUGCCGGGCACGUGAUCUUGCACCCCUACAACUGUUCGUGGACCACGUAGCGUACGUGGCACGGCACGUGAAAUCCGUUUGGGGCGUGCGAGUGUUGGUGUGGGACGACAUGUUGCGUCGUGCCCCGUCUCAUCUACUUCACUCUCUGGCUGGGCUGGUGGAACCCACGGUAUGGGCUUACGGACCUGAUGUGUCACGCAUGGUUCCACCCUACAUUUUAAGGACUUAUGCCGCCGUCUUUCCCAGGGUGUGGCUGGCCCCAGCUUUUAAAGGUGCCACGGGGCCUCGUUCCAUCAUGCCGGAUGCGGCCCGGCAUGCUGCCAAUACGCUCGCCUGGGUACAGGUAGGACAGCGGAUGCGGCGUUACGCGACUCUAAAUGUUGCGGGGAUUGUGAUCACCGGAUGGUCUCGGUACGACCAUUUUGCCGUACUUUGCGAACUAAUGCCACCGUCCACGCCGUCGCUCGUGUUAACGUUACUGACGGCUUCUCGCGGCUUCUUGACGCCAGCCACACUACACGACACCCACACCCUGCUGGAGUGUCCCCCGCAUGUAGUGCUCGAUCCCGCUCGAGACCCGCACCUCUGGGCUGCUCGUGACUGUGCCUUUCCCGGCGCCAACGUGGCUUUUUUCCUGCACCGAUACGCUCGUCUGCGGGACGACAUAAGGGUCAUGCAGAAAGAGGUCGAGAUGGGUGGCUGGAUGACGGCAUAUAACCUCCACCACAAUUACUCAUCCCCAAGCCGAGUACGCGAGGCCACAACGAACCUGCGCAGCUUCACUUCAGCCCUGAGAGACCUGCAGGUGGAAGCGGAGGCGGUGUUGCCUCAGUACCACAACAACGCCACUGUGGAGGAAUGGACGGAGCAGCACCUGGUGCCCCUCAACUCUACACUCUCCAAGCUUGCCCGCUCCGCCGCCGAACUCCUUGCCCACAAGACCUGGCCCAGAAGACCCCUUAAGCGGCGGUAGCUCCCAGUAAUAUAAGCUUUUAUGCACACGCCCUUCAGCACAAAUAACACGACACACGAUUAUCGUCAACGUCUACAUGAUUAAAUGGUUUGUAGUUGUCGUCGAUCAAAUAUUCAUUGCAUGUACGUGAAGCCCUUUCAUUAAAGAAACACGUUUUCCAAGAAAGGUCUCGGCUUAGUUAGAAAACCUAAAUUACGUUACUAAAGUCCCAUCAUAAUAUACAAACGUUAAGUAUUUUUCUUAUAAAAAAUCUUUGAGCAAAUUUACAUCACACUAUAUCAUUAUAAUGGGCCGAACGCUUGUAUGGUCGCCAUCCUGCUCCAAAAAUUUUCUCAGAAAAAUCACGUUACUGUUAUGUCAUGCGUUUGGUGAACUCCAUUACUGACACCAGUGACUAGAGCGUAUGCGGGUUACAUGUAAAAAUUUGAUUGGGUACCAGAUCAGUGCCUCCAAAUUUCUAGUGAGUUCAAGUGUACUCUAAGAUGUGUAACUUUUGCAUAUCGUGGUCCAUGGGGUAAGGUCUGCAUCUGGGAUCAAUCCCUCCGUCCUGCUUCGAAAGAUUUUCUCCUGCAUUUCUAUGAUUUUACGUGUAUAUUUUUAUUGUUACCUAAACAUACAAUCACUGACAUGAAUAAACCAUUUAAUACUGAAUAAAGACUAUACAUUCAUAUCCGUUCACUAGACUGGUAAUGGACAUAACCGCAAGAGAACAGAAGACCUAUUUAUUAAAUUUUACGUCCCAGUACACCCAUCUUAGCAUCCCAGCACCUAACCUACAGUGUCCUCCUAUCCACCCUAUAGUAUCCCGUUACAUCCACCCUAGCUUCCCAGCACUCACCAUAUUUAGUACAGUAUUGGCCAAAACUCACCAUAGUAUACCAGUGCCUGCCCUACAGCAUCCCAGUACCCUCCAUAUAGUAUCCCAGUACCCAUCCUAGCAUCCAAUUACCAUCACCGCUCAACUAUACGAGAUGAAAUGCUAUUAGAUCUAUUGUGUACUGUAUUUGACAACUAUUUUUCUCACUUUAAACAAUGUGGGAUUUGGUACACUACACACAUCUAUAAUGCCUCUAAGAUGGGCACAGUCUCAAGAAGUGGUCCAGUCGGUUUAAAUCUCUCAUGCCACAGAUUUGGUUUCAAUGUAGUCCAGUCGGUUUCAGUCCCAUGCCACAGAUUCUGCAACUCCGCUGCUCCGUUGUCAUUUUCAUCCCAAUGGAAGGGGAUGGGAAAUGACAAUAAAAUCCAUCUCCUUGGAUACUUGUAUCCAAGACAAAUCAAAUUUAUUAAAAAAAUUUUCCCUUCAA